AGUGUUGGUCCAAAUUGCUGAUGGCUGCAUCAUAUAUAUUCUACUCCAAGGAAGACGAGAGGAAACAAACCCCAGCCUUUCUUCUCUUCCCACUAAUAUAUUAUUGCAGUCUCUCAUUAAUUUCUCUUUUUAAACUCUUACGAAUAAGAAGAAGAAGAAGAAGAAGAAGAAGAAGAAGAGGAGGAGGAGGAGGAGGAGGAUUGCCGCCAUGGGAAGAGCUCCAUGCUGCGAUAAGGAGAAGGUGAAGAAAGGACAAUGGUCACCGGAGGAAGAUGCCAAGCUCAAGUCUUACAUAGAGCAGAACGGAACUGGUGGAAAUUGGAUUGCUCUUCCACAGAAAGUUGGCCUGAAACGAUGCGGCAAGAGUUGCAGGCUUCGAUGGCUCAACUAUCUUCGCCCAAAUCUGAAACAUGGCUCCUUCUCAGAGGAGGAGGAGAACAUAAUUUGCAGCCUCUUCGUCAGAAUUGGAAGCAGGUGGUCUUUGAUUGCCGC